GAGGAGAAGAAGAAGAAGAAGAAGAAGAAGAAGAAGAAGAAGAAGAAGAAGAAGAGCGACAGGAAGCGAAGAUGUAAACAAAUCAGAAACUUCCCUGAUCUGGAUCAAACGGAACCAUCUUCCAUCCUUAGCUGGAUCAAUUGGGUUCGACACUAAAAGCAAUUCCUGAACUUGGUCAGCCGAACCGGCUGCUGUUCUGCUGCUCGGGCUCGGUUCCGUUUCCGAUCCCGGGUCUUUGUUUCGCUUUGGAUCGAAAUGGAAGAUAACAAGAUGGUGGCUGGGAAAGUGAAGAAGCCCGGGAAACGCGGCCGGAAGCCGGCUAAGAUCGACCUGAAGGCCAAGCUGGAGCGGAGCCGGCAGAGUGCCAGGGAGUGCCGGGCCCGGAAGAAGCUGCGCUACCAGUACCUGGAAGAACUGGUUUCCAGUAAGGAGAGGGCCAUCUGCGCGCUGCGGGAGGAGCUGGAGAUGUACAAGCAGUGGUGCUCGGCCAUGGAUCAGGGCAAGAUCCCGUCGGAGAUCAAAGCUCUGCUGACCGGAGACGAGCAGAAGAUUCCUCAGAGCAGCGCCGGCACCAAGACGGCCAAGAACGGCAAGAACAGCAGCGCCGGUGCCGCCCAGAGCUAGACCGCCGCCCAGCGCCGCCGCCAUGUCAGCUACAGACUCUGUGACCCCAAACAACCCGGACACCGCCCGGAUAAAACCCGAAUACCGGGGUCCGCUCCAUCUGCUCUGAUCGCUCCUCACGUUGCUGAGGUCGGCCAUCUUGUCUUCUCCCCGCUUUCAGCCUCCCACCUGUUCAGGCGACACUCGGAGGUUACCUGGCUGUUUCCAGGUCACAUGAUCCACUCGGCUUUCAGCUCCUGAGAAAAAGACGUUAAAGUUUGAUCGUCUCGCUAAACAUUUCUGUUCUGGAUCGGUUGUUUCUGGAUCUGACUAAUCCAGUCUUGGAUCCGUUUUUUGCUUCGUUUUCAGGUGAUUCUGUCUAAAUCAGCAGAUCCAGAACCCGUUUCCCGAGGAAUCCCAGAUUUUCUGUUCUGGUUCUGGUUGAUGUAAUCCUUCCUGAAUGUUGUGCACUUUCUUUAUUGUAGCAGAAGCACUUUGUGAGUUCUGAAGAACCUUUGUAGCUUUUACAGAACUUCAGUUUGUCAAAGCAAAUAAACCAGAAUCAUGAUUCUGA